AGCAUGCAAUCAAAAUGAAGGAGCGAGUUGGAUCAGCGAACAAGCUUCGGAAUUACGAUACGGACGGUUACAUACAGCGGGCCGGCUGCAUAUGCUUCAGAACAGAUCAUGCAAAGGAAAUUCUGUUGGUAACAAGUAACAGAUAUCCAGACAAGUGGAUAGUGCCAGCGGGAGGAGUAGAAACUGGUGAAAGAUUCCAAGAUGCAGCUGUUCGAGAGGUUUUUGAAGAAGCUGGAGUACGUGGAAAUAUUGUGCAAUGUCUUGGAGUGUUUCAGAACGAAACCAGCAAGACAAGAACUAUGCUUUAUGUUCUGCAUGUCACAGAAGAGUGUGAUUACUGGGAUGACGCCGCAAAAGGGCGAAGGAGAGGUUGGUUCUCGAUACGCAAGGCCUGGGAACUACUCUCUCACAGACCCUGUCAACAGUUGUACCUGCGUGAUGUUAUGAACAUCGAUGAACAGAGUCAGUGGCUUUAUGACUCACCCAUCACCCAUCCGAUUUACUACGCCACUCGUAAUUAACGAAUCGCAAAACAACCAACCAAACGCUGAAAUUUCGUUGUAACAUGAAAGACCCAAGAAAAUGCUCUCAAGGCAAUGAUCAUUAUAUGCGUGACAGAACUUUUUUGGAAUCAAUCAGAGAUC